UAUUUUCUGCUUAUUUAGUCUUCGUUAUGCAGCUUGGCUCUGCCAUGUCUGUGCUGGUUCAGCCCGGGCCAAGAAUGCUAUGAAUAUUAUGCGCACAAAAGUCGUAGAUGCGGUACCAACUCGAUUAUAAUGAUUAUUGCUGUUGCUGAAAUUAAUAGUGCCGACUUGAUUUUUGAUUAUUUUUUUGGUGGCUUAAAAAUGGUUCAAAACUAGACCGUUUAGGAAGAUCCACGAGGCAAUUCCUAACGGCGUACAAUGAGCCACGUCAUCUCCCGCCGUGAACCGAAACGCAAUCACGAAACUAACCCCAACUCCCUAAGACCCUUCCCCGACACAAUCCCGGUCAUGUCCUGAGGAUAAUGUGAUUGGGUUUUCAAAAAUGGCCCCGCAAAAAAGAAGAACGGCGUUUCCUAAGGUACUUAUUGAGAGUGAUACGGACUCUGAACAAAGCUCUUCAGAGGAAGAAGAAGAAGAGCAAGAAGUAGACCCACCAUCAGAAGAAGAAAAUGAAAAUAAAGAUAAAAUUGAAGAUUCUAAUGAUGCCAAAAAGAAAGGCAAAGCAACCAUUACUAUCAGUCUCAAGAAAGUCUGCAAAGUGUGUAAGAAGGCGGGUCACGAGGCGGGGUUUAAGGGGGCUACCUAUAUUGAUUGCCCAAUGAAACCUUGCUUUCUUUGCAAAAUGCCCGGUCAUACUACAAUGACAUGUCCACAUAGGGUAACUACAGAGCAUGGGGUCAUCCCAGCACCCCAUAAAAAUAUCCAGAACCCAGUGGAAUUUAUAUUUGAGCGCCAACUUAGACCUGGGAUUACUUCGAUCAAGCCACCAUAUGUGAUCCCAGAUCAAGUCAAUUGUGCAGCUAUCAGAUACCACAGUAGAAGGGUAACAUGUUUGGAGUUCCAUCCCACAAACAAUCACAUCCUUUUGUCAGGAGAUAAGAAAGGACAACUUGGAGUCUGGGAUUUUGCUAAAGUGCAUGAAAAGACAGUUUAUGGAAACAUACACUCUUGUAUACUCAAUAAUAUGAGGUUCAGUCCUGCAAAUGAUGGUACAAUAUAUGCUGCAUCCUCGGAUGGAACCAUCAGUUGCACUGACUUGGAGACUGGAAUUUCAUCAUCUUUAAUUAAUCUUAAUCCUGAUGGUUGGCAGGGUCCAGCCAGUUGGAGGAUGCUUUAUGGCAUGGAUAUCAACUCAGAGAAAAGUGUUGUGCUUGUAGCUGAUAACUUUGGUUUCCUAUACUUGGUGGAUGCUCGCUCCAACAGCCAAACCGGAAAGGCAAUUAUGAUCCAUAAGAAAGGAAGCAAAGUAGUUGGUCUGCACUGUAAUCCUUUUCAACCAGAUCUUUUGUUGAGUUGUGGAAAUGAUCACUUUGCUCGUUUGUGGGAUAUGCGUCGAUUAGAAGCUGGAUCUUCUCUUUGUAACCUUGAGCAUAGACGUGUUGUGAACUCUGCCUAUUUCUCCCCAUUGUCUGGAUGCAAAAUUCUUACCACAUCUCAGGAUAAUCGUCUUCGUAUAUGGGACUCCAUCUUUGGUAAUUUGGACUCACCAAGUCGAGAAAUUGUACAUAGUCAUGAUUUCAAUCGACACUUGACUCCUUUCCGAGCUGAAUGGGAUCCUAAGGAUCCAUCAGAGUCUCUUGCAGUUAUUGGUCGCUACAUAAGUGAAAAUUAUAAUGGAACUGCCCUACAUCCCAUUGAUUUCAUAGAUAUAAACACAGGACAACUAGUAGCUGAGGUUAUGGAUCCAAACAUUACGACUAUUACUCCUGUGAACAAACUACAUCCGAGAGAUGAUGUCUUGGCAUCUGGUAGUUCAAGGUCUCUGUUUAUUUGGAGGCCGAAGGAGAAGUACGACGACGCAGAACGGUUAGAUAUGAGAAAGAUUGUUGUCUUUGGAGGAGAUGAGAAAAAGCACGGCAAGAAGUCUAGGGAUGAGUAUGAUGAUGAUGAUUCUGAUGAUGAAAAAUUCAACUUCAAAGGCAAGAAUGUGAAGGCCAAAAAAUCUAAAAAGGAAACAACCCCUUAUUGUCGAAAGGCAAAACGAUGAGUAAGAAACAUGAUCAUCCUAGAUCAUUUUUGUUUGUCUGUGGUAGACUGUCCUUUUUGUUUCGGUUUCAAAAGCUCCCAUCAGCUAAUCCUGUACAGGUCACAAACUUGCCUAGCAUCUUUUUCGCUCGAGCAAAUGCUCUCUUCUCAUCACUGGUAAACAGCUGAGGCAGGCAUUUAGCUUUGGAUUUCUUUAAAACAGUGUGUAUUAGAGGUUGUUAACAGUCGCAUGAUCUGUGUCGGACUUUUAGUUUUAAUAGUAAGGAUUUAAAUCUAGGCAACUUCAUAUAUAAAAAAUAUGUAUUUAUAUAUAUUUUUGAGACAUUUGAGACGUGUGAACCGUGAUAAGAUGUUGUGUGUGCCGUUUGUCAUAUCCCAUGGUAACCAUCAUGGCCUUCCUUUCAGGGUUCAACAAACAAGGGC